GUGCCUAAAAUUUUAACUCUAACAAAAAAGCUUACCAGAUUAGAAAAAGGGUGAAAAAGAACCCCUGGUCAACAUCAAAUUACUUAUUCUAUCAAGCUAAGUAAGCCAUGAGCCGCUAACAUCACCGGGCACUUUGGUCACCCACCAACGCCCUGCCUCCACGUGGGCUGAUCGAUCGUUGUUGUCCUGUCGGGCAACUCCGCCGGAAAGCGACGUCACCCGCGGGAACCUCUGUUCUCAUUGCGCUGACGAACCUUUCCUUCGCUCGCUCGAAGACCAACCCUUUUGUGGAAAUGGACUUAAAGCUAAAUUAUAUGAAGUGAGUGGCUGUGACUUUAAAAUUCUGUGCCAUUGAAUUGAAUUUCUCUUUUCCUUUUCGCAAGUUGAUUGUAGCGUUCAAAAGCAGAGUGGGGGGACGAGAGGGAAAAAGGAUCACUCUUUUAUCUUGCUUCAUUGUUUUGACGAUUCCCCCUGCUUUACUCUGUUGCUUUAGUUUCCCUCCUCUUUCUUCAAUUUCUUUUUAUAAUAGUAUUGGGGGUUGAGAGACUCUAUUUGUCGAUUUUGUUGGGCGUGUCUUGUUUGUUUCCGAAGAAAAUGGAUGGUGGGGUGAUGUUGAUUCCAGAAGCUCCACAGCUGCUACUCCUACUUACUAUUUAUUAAUAAGCCAGCACCCUUCGAUUGGGUUUCCUUCAAUUAGAAGAAAGAUCGUUGAUUUUUGUUUCUUUCCUGGACCUCCCUUCUGGGUUCUGGUGUGGUCAUUCAGUUGACUGAGAUGGGAAUCAGCAGCAGAGCAGGAGGAAGUGAAAAGAUGUGAGCAGAUUUUGGCUCCAUUUCUCGUCAACAGUUGAAGAAGCUAGGGCUCUGUUUGCAUAUAGGUAAUCGAAUGUUAUGAGUAGUAGUGAGUGAUGAUACUCUGCUGUCAUGGAAAGUUGGUUCUUUUAUUGCUCCUUGUUUUUGCAAUUUGUUCUUUUAUUGCUCUUCUGAGGGUGUUUCUGCUACUUUUUCCAUGGUUCAUGGGGCUCUGUGGUUUUGCUGUUUGGGUCUAGGGAUAUGAGAGGAGUCAGUAAAGGACCCUUUUUUGCUGUUUCCUUCUCUUUGUUUUCUAGGAAUGGGGUUUCUUAUCUUCCAAUUCAGGCAAGGAAGUGGUAGAUAAUGGAGUCUGACACAGUUUUACAAAAGGGGGAGUAUAAUUGGUAACUUUGAGAGCUGUCUGUCUGUCUGUCUUUGCCUCUCUGUCCUUCUGGGUUUCUUAUAUUGGGCACAUAGGCUGCCAUUCUACUGUGAAUUGUGACUCCCCACUGAUCUCCUUUUGAUGAUUGUUUGGUGUGAAAGGCACUCAAAAUUGGAUACCAAAAUCCAUGCUGCCAAGCCUAUAAGGAUUCCUUUGUAUGAGUGAUCUGUUUGACUGUUUCCAUUUCCAAAAUUGACUACUUACUCAAUUGGGUUACUGUGGCAGGUUGCUAGAUACUUGACUCUCUAUAUUCCUUUGGUGAAGAGACUAUGAUGAGCUCACCAACAACUCAACUAGCAAUCUUGAGAGGAAUGGGGAUCUAUGAGCCAUUCCAGCAGAUCAGCUCAUGGGCAACUGCAGCAGCUGACCCUUUUAGAGGGGAUAAUAAUAAUAGCAAUAUCCUCAAUAUUACUCCCUCCCCGAUUCUGCCACAGGAUAACAACACUGCAGCACCUGAAAACAAGUCUGCUGAGAAUGUCUCCCAUGAGUCAACUGAUCCUUCCAAAAGUGACCAAGAAGCUGGAGGCGGCCGACCUGAUAAGACACAGAGACGAUUGGCACAAAACCGUGAAGCUGCAAGAAAAAGCCGGUUGAGGAAGAAGGCAUAUGUGCAGCAACUAGAAACAAGCCGUUUGAAGUUGGUCCAGUUAGAGCAAGAACUUGUCAGAGCUAGGCAACAGGGUGCAUACAUAAACAAUGGGCUCGAUUUUGGAAUGCCUGCAACCUUGAAUUCAGGAAUCGGGACGUUUGAGAUGGAAUAUGCACAUUGGGUAGAAGAGCAACACAAACAAGUGGCCGAGCUGAGGAGAGCGCUGCAAGCUCACGUCGGCGACGUGGAGCUGAGGAUGUUGGUGGAGAAUGGGCUGAACCACUACGCCAAUCUCUUCCGGAUGAAAGCAGACGCUGCCAAGGCCGACGUCUUCUACCUCAUUUCAGGGAAAUGGAGGACCUCAGUGGAGCGAUUCUUUCUGUGGAUUGGUGGGUUCCGUCCAUCAGAGCUUCUCAAUGUUCUACUGCCACAGCUGGAGCCAUUGACCGACCAGCAACACGCCGAAGUGUGCACCCUCCGUCAAUCAUGUCAGCAAGUAGAGGAUGCUCUGUCUCAAGGGAUCGAGAGGCUGCAGCAGACUCUGUCACAGAGCAUGGCGUUGGGUCAGAGCAUUGGUGGAACUUACAGGGUUCAGAUGGCUGCCGCCAUUGAGAAGCUGGAGGGGCUCGAAUCAUUCGCUAACCAGGCGGAUCAUUUGAGGGGUCAAACUCUGCACCAUAUGGCUAGAAUCCUGACGACGCGCCAAGCUGCUCGCGGGCUGCUUGCAUUGGGAGAGUACUUCGAGCGCCUUCGUGCCCUCAGUUCGCUAUGGGCAGCUCGUCCUCGCGAGCCCACAUGAAGCCCUUUUUCGGGUUGCAGAAGCAACAACACAAAGCAUCCAAAAUAUGGCGUAUGCCUAAACCAUUGAUGAUCGGUAGCUAUGGGCUGGUGGUGGUGUGUAACGCAAAGAACCCAUCACCUGCUCUUACGUAUUCAUGAUGCCUCUGUUCAGGCCAGGCGCAAGAAGAAGAGGGUCUAUUUUGGCCUUUUUAUGUUAUUAUUAUAUGCAAGUCCAUUUGUAUCUAAGUAGUCGAUCUUCUUUCCCAAGAAGAAGAAAAAAAAAAAAAGUCGUAGAUCGUUCCCUCUCUGUAUCUGCAGCUGCUAAUUGGUUUAAGGUGUCAAAAUUUGAUGGCUGUAAAUAGUAAGUGAUGGAUGGUAUUUGAGUUGAGGCAAGCAAAUGUGGUUUAGGGAGUUACAGAGUUGAUGUAUGUAUAGAAAUGGGUAUUAGAAAGUUUGGGGGGCAAUAGGGAAGCAAGAUAUUAUGAGGUGGUUGCUGGUGGUAAUUACCAAUUAGUGUUGUUAAUUUGGUCAAGAGUUUGUUAUAAAGUUUGUAUACCAAUUAUCACUUAGAAUGUUUGAUAUUUAAUGUACGAUUAUGUAAUAUCUAAAUAUGAUCAAAAUGAAAGUUUAGCAUAUGU